UCGGUGACGUGAGUGCUUGCGGAAGCAGAGCGUGGAAUGUUGGUACAUUGUUGUUGUUUUGUAGUUAAUUUAGUACGAGGAUACGCCGCUGCCCGUCUGUGCUGGACGCUUUUUUACCAAGUUUGUCAACUUGCUUCACCGGUUGUCGAGGAAACAUACUUUGACAGUUUUACACACUCCGGUCCACAGAUAUCUGAGUCCACAGAGGUGAGUGUCUUCUGUGAGAUUCUGGUCAUUUGUCUUCAUGCAGGGAAUGACGACUACUUUUAAGACGAGCAAAGCUUUAAAGGUCAAGAAGGAGGUGGGUGAGAAUGCCCCUGUGCUCAGCGAUGAUGAGUUGGUUGCCAUGUCUGUGCGGGAGCUCAAUCAGCACCUGCGUGGGCUCACCAAGGAGGAUGUUGUGCGAUUGAAGCAGCGACGGCGGACCCUGAAAAACCGCGGCUAUGCCGCGAGCUGCCGCAUCAAACGUGUUACCCAAAAGGAGGAGCUGGAGAGACAAAAGACCGAGCUGCAGCAGGAGGUGGACAAGCUGGCCCGUGAGAAUGCCAGCAUGAGAUUGGAGUUGGAUGCACUACGAGCCAAGUAUGAGGCUUUGCAGUGUUUCGCACGAACUGUGACCAGAGGGCCUCUCUCACCAGGCAAAGUUGCACCUACCAGCGUCAUCACCAUUGUCAAAUCUACCAGCCAAAACAACUCCAGCCCAUCCGCUUUCUCAACACCUUCCUAGUGUUGACAGGACUGGGCUCUCCUUUGCCUGCCUGGUCCUUCCUAUUUCUGACCUGGUCUAAACCUACUCAUCCCACACUGAGACGAGGCUCGGUAGUUAGACUGAGGGGUGGCCGGGGUGGCAAGCUCUAUGUGAUGUUAUGCUGCAUUCACAAUUCUGUCUCCCUCUAUUUGUCUCUUUUACACAAUCUACAUUGUCUGUGCACUGUGCAAACCCCCUUCCUGACAACCAGCACCGGCAGGUUAUCGGGCCUCUGUGACCCUACCUCCAUGACUAAUAGCAGAGAUUUGCUUUUACUCAAAUUUCAAGUAUUUGACACGCCUUAAUGUGGCAGCACAUGGUCUGGGACACCUCUCAUACUUUAUGAUGUAAAGAAUAAAAUACGAGAGGUUUAAAGUAACGCAUAUGAGACAGUAUGGAUACUUUUAAAGUCUUUGCCAAAUCACAUUUUCUUUGUAUAAAUAUUAAUGAGCCUCUGUGUCUGUUGCCUUGAACAGUUCUACAUGUGAUCUAUGCAAUAUCUCACAUGUAUUUUAACACAGAGGUGAUAUCUUUCCACUGUGAGGUCAAAUGGACACUUCUUCAAGGCCACAGUUAUCAGAUGCCUUUGAAAGCUAGCCAAACGCGGCACCGGAAACUUAUAUGCUUAGCACUUUUAGGAGGUGCUAAGCAGUAAAGUCACUUGACUAAGUGUUUGAGUAACAUGAAAACUUAUGUAGAAAUGGUUCUGAGGGAUCCUUGCAUUAUACUGUUGACAACUGACCAAUGUUUAGCUAAAAAGCUAUACUAGUCUUUUAACCAUGAUACCUAUAUAAGUAACUUAUUUAGAAAGCAAUACCAGUACAGUUCAGAGAAGUUUGAAUGAUGCAGCUAAAAGUGAUCUAAUCUGGCAGUUUUGAAGAAACACCUUAAAUUAAUAUUUGGAAAGAGUUAAAAUCACCCAUUACGAUAGAAUUUGUCUUUGUCGGACUGGACUGUGUUUCCUUGUACAAUAUUCUGAAAAGUGCCAUUUGUGCCUUCAUUCCUCCUACUGGCAACUGAGAAAAGACAUGUCUGAGUACCGUCAGAUUUCAGAAGGGGUUCCGAUCUCUCUUGUCAACUACAUUCUAGUUGACAGAUAGCUGAAAAGUACUGUUAUGUUAUGUUGUCAAAGACAGUGUAGGCAGUUGGAGCUGUUGCAUGUGAUUGCAUUUGUGUGUGGCCCCUUGACUCAGAAGUUUCUUGAUAUAUAUUGUAGAAAGUUUUUUAAAUUCUGUUUAAAUGGUAAACUUGGUCAGACUAAAUUGCAAAACUGGAAAGUGAUUAAGGAACAUGCGUUUGACAAUGGUGUCUUUCAUCAAAUAGCACUUAGAGAAGACUGUUAAGAUACAGUGAGUAGAAAAAAAAAUCACAGGGCCACUUGUUUAAAGAAGGAAGUUACGCUUGCAUUUCUGCAGUUACUGGAGCUUAACUAAGUGAAAACACAAUGUGGUCGGACCACUUACAGGAAAGUUGUGCCGAAUGUAACUAAUGAUAGUGAACUACUACUAUCUGCUGAGGCACUUACUGAGUGGUGUUUAAUCUCUUUUCUUUAUAUGCAACUCUUGGUAGGUAAUCCAUAUUGGAUAUAAUAAUAAGAGCAGACCUUUUAAGUAUGAUGAAAUUCAAGUUGCUUACUGUAUAUUACAGACUAGAGACGGCAAAGCUCCCACCGCUUCUGUUGUCCCUUAGAUUGAGAACUCCGUCCAAAUAGAAAUCAUUCCUAAUACUGGGUCACAAGAAGUGCUGCUGCCGGUGUUGGUAUUUCCGAAACAGUAACCAGCUACUUUUCUUUUGACACGCUCUUCUACAAGAGAACUCCUGACGCCCGUCUCUAGAAACUGUGGUGUCAAGAUAACUAAAUGCAGUAAAGGCCUUGCUCUCAUUGUACAUUUUGUAAUACCGUAUUUAAAUAUGAAAUUCACUUGAAAUCGAGCUGUUCUUACCGAGAAUCCAUUCCCAAUUUGGAGUGAAGUCAAUAAGAUUGUUCAUGUCAGGAUUUUCUCUUGGCUAAGAGGACAUGACUGUUCUUCCCCUGUUCCAUAGCUGCAAAGAACAGUAUGGGGAACUUUGCUGCUGUACAACCUGCUGUGAUUUAUAAGCAGGGGCAUUGCUGUGUUCUUACUCUCAUUUUGUAUUUUUCAUUUGGUUUGUGUCAAUACAGCCCAUGUUCUUUU